AUGCGUUCCGCCCUUCUAAUCCCAGCACUGGUCGCAUCAGCUGCCGCUGGGCCCGUAGCUCCAGCUGCUGAUAUCAACAAUAAACCAGCGAACCAAUUCUGCAAUGUUGUGAAGGGAUAUGUCAGCGCGGUCAAGCAACAAAGCGCAGCAACAGCAUACUGCGCUUCGGUUCUCUCAAUACCUCUCGCCACAUCGACGAGCACCAUACUCGUUACAAGCACAACCGUCUCCGUGGCUACAUCCUACACCUCGACCUCAACUACCACAACCACUUCUCAACUUAAUUGCGCCACACCGGCGGUACCAGACCCGUUCACGAAACGAGACGCUAAACCAUCUCCUGCACCCGAUCUCCAUAUCAAUGUGGGCGAGGCAAAGGUCAUGGAGAAGCGGGCAAAGGCUCCAGUAAAGAAGUCAUCUUGCUUUGGAGCAUACAGCACGAACCAACUCAUCACCUCAGCUUGCAAAUGUCUCAGCAUCGCCGCAUCAACCACCACCAUCACAACGACUUCGACAUCGAUCUCAACCUCCGCAACAACGACCCACAUGGCCGCCACAGCAACAGUCUCAGCAACUAGCAACUUCAAAAUCAAAAUUUCGGGCUCCCAGUUCGACGGUCGCUACAUGCAGUCUUCUCUCUCGACCACCAACGGCGCUCUCAUCGCCCGCACUUCCCUCGGCGGCUACGUGGACAACCUUGAUCCAGGUACUUACUACGCCACACAUCGAUCGACCGCCGAGCGACCGUCCGACUAUGUCAACUUUGUGGCAUCCAAGUUCAUUCCUAUGGACGAUGCGCAGAGGCUGAACUGCAAGAUUACCAACAAUGCUGUCGACGGGACGUGCGGCUUCACGUGCAGUGUGGCUUCGACACCGCCGUCUACGGUUAAUAAUGCGUGCCCAAGGUUAAAUCGGCAGCAGCCGUGGUUUCUGGGUGUAGCUGUUGAGACUAGUUGUGGUAAUAGUGAUAUCUCGACGUCGCCGACUGGGUUGCCGUUUGAGAUGUUUGCUGUGACAAAUGGGCAGGCCAAGGUCUGA